AAGAUGAACAAUAUAACACAAUUCAUCUUACUGGGAAUCACACAGAAUCCAGAACUGCAGAAAUUCCUGUUUGCAGUGUUUUUAACCACCUACCUGGUCACAAUGACAGGCAACCUGCUCAUCUCAUUCACCGUCUUCAGCAGCCCGGCCCUGAGUUCACCCAUGUACUUCUUUCUCUCCUAUCUGUCCAUUAUUGAUGGUUUCUACUCUUCUUCCACAGUACCCAAAACGAUCCUUGACUUAAUCUCUGAGGAAAGCACCAUAUCCUUCAAUGGGUGCAUGACGCAGGUCUUUUUUGUGCAUUUAUUUGCUGGGGCUGAGAUUGUCUUGCUCAUUGUCAUGGCGUAUGACCGCUACGUGGCCAUCUGUAAGCCCUUGUACUACACAAGCAUCAUGAACCCAUCAACCUGUAAAGUCUUGGUUGCGAUGGCUGGGCUCAUAGGAUGUCUGCAUGGAGGCAUUCAGAAUCUCUUGAUAACCCAGCUACCCUUCUGUGGCCCCAACGUCAUUGACCAUUUCAUCUGUGAUUUGAUGCCUCUCCUGGAGCUGGCCUGCACAGACACUCAUAUUCUGGGACCCCUGAUUGCUGCCAACAGUGGAGCUAUGUGCUUGCUCAGUUUCUCUAUGUUGCUGACGUCCUAUGUCGUUAUCCUGCGCACCGUGAGGGCUCAGAGCUCCGAAGGCCGUCGCAAAGCCCUGUCUACCUGCUCCUCUCACAUUAUUGUUGUCGUCUUAUUCUUUGUACCUUGUUCAUACCUGUACCUGAGACCCAUGACCAUCCUACCCACUGACAAAGCAAUGACUGUCUUUUGUUCCUUAGUCACUCCUAUGCUGAAUCCAUUGAUCUACACCCUGAGAAACGCAGAAGUGAAAAAUGUUAUAAAGAAACUCUGGAGUAAAUAA